CCCACGCAGGCCAAAAAAGGGCAGGACCUGAUCAACGACGCCCUCUCUUAUUGUCCAGAAUGCGACGGGGCUUUUCCAUCCGCCCAGUUCUCUGCUAUCUUCGCCGAGUUGAGAGAGCGCAGAAGUACACCACGCACCAGCACCAGCACCGCGAAGAGCUGCCCAACGUCAAAGAUGCCCGCCAUCCCUUCUACAACUACACAUCUGGUCGCUGGCUCUACAACGAGCAUCUGCGCCUCUCCGAACGCCAUCUACAUUUCAACCUCGACGCUCUGCACCUCGCAAUCGCCAAGUCCGUAAACCAACAUCAUGCCGAUAUAGUACGCUUCACGAAGCUCGCCGAGGGCGGCUCGUAUCGGGUUUUCGAAGCGGCGUUCCGGGAUGGAUUGAGGGUCAUCGCGCGCCUUCCAUAUCCUUGUACCAUCCCCCGCAACUAUGGCAUCUCCAGCGAGGUUGCCACGAUGGAGUUUCUCCGACUUCAUGGUCUUCCGAUUCCCAAAAUCUUUAAUUGGAGCUCAUCGGCGUCCAAUGAAGUUGGUUCCGAAUACAUAAUUAUAGAGCGUACUCCGGGGAAAGAGUUGGAGGAUACGUGGUAUACUAUGACUUUACGAGAGAGGAUGGCGGUUAUUGAGAAGAUUGUGAAUAUUGAAAAGAUUCUUUUUGACAUUCGGUUUCCUGCGUCUAGGAGUCUAUUCUUUAAAGAUUCGCUGGACGCUGGGGUCAAGAGCGUGGAUAUACCCAAGUACGACGACGAGACGGAUGUAAGUGGAUUCUGCAUCGGACCUUCUACAGAUUAUCUAUGGUGGUAUCAAAAUAGACAUGAGCUGGGUGCGAAUUAUGGACCUUGGAUGGACACGGAAGAGUUAUUGAGAGCGGUCGGAGAGAGGGAACUCCUAUGGCUGCGUCGAUUUGGCAAACCGCGAUACCCACGUGAACCUCUUUACAGGGAAGUGUAUAACAAUCAAGUGGUCGAUCCACAGGUGCAGAUAAACCACCUCUUGAAUUAUCUGAAAAUCGCGCCACACCUCGUUCCCCAAGCGGAAGAACUAAACGUGCCUACCAUCCGCCAUCCCGACUUAUCGCCCAAUAACAUAUUCAUCUCCAACUCUGGGGACAUCACCGGAAUCCUCGACUGGCAGAACACAACCAUCAUUCCUCUUUUCCUACAGGCCAAGAUCCCCAAGCAUUUCCAGAACUACGGCGAUGACGACUCUGAGAAUUUUCGUCGUCCGAGACUCCCGGAGGAUUUUGGCGCCUUGAGUGAGAGCGAUAAGGAAUAUGAGAUGGAGCUGUACCGGCGUCGCCAAUCCUGCGAAACCAGCUUUACACCACCGCCGGCCAACCAUAGGAAGAACUGGACUGAGCUCUCGUCAGCCCAUGAUCCAGAAGUCCACUACUCAACCGAGGACAGCCAGUCAUGCCUCUCUCGAGAAGCGCAGCAGAAAGAAGCCGAUGCGCAGAUACAACAGAUACGUGAAUACCUCGGUAUUGAUAUCGAAGGAUGGAUACCGAGUGGGGAAUUUGAAGAGGCGAGGAAAAAAGCUAGGGAUCUUAAGAUUCGGAUGUUGGAAGAGGCGGAUACGGAGGAGGAGAGGUGGGAACUUGAUGUGUUUUGGCCGUUUCAGGAUCAUGAGGAGAUUGAUUGAUUGAGUGAGUGCGGGUUGUUGUUUGGUUGGUUGGUUGGUUGGUUGGUGGACGGGGGGUUAAAGACAGUCUCCUCCUCCUCUAUCCGAGUGCUUACCUUAAUCUAAGGACGCUCGCUGUCUGGAGUGGACUUGCACUUAGUAUUUCUUCUCCCAUGUGUAUAUAUAUCAUGAGCAAUACAGGAGCGUAGAAAAAUUACCUAGAUGCUGAGCU